UGUCCGCCAAAUCAGAAAGAUCCUAAUGUGUUCCUAUAUAUAUUUUUAAGACAGCAGCAUAUGGUAUGUGAUUUGACUGCUAUUUCUAGCAGGUCACGUGACCACAUAAAGGCUCAUCUGUGCCCAAGUAUUUCAAGCAAUCAUCAAGUUGCAGCUGUUUGGAGGAACGUCAAUUAAUCCGUUCCAAAACAUUUUCUUUUAAAGAAAGAAAGCCCGCUGGAAAAAAAAAAAGUAGUUUUUUUUAGAUGAUCUGAGGAGCCAAAAGCAGUGGUAAACAAACUCCAGGUGGGCUUGGUUGGUGACCGCAAUUUUUCACAAUCUCAUAUCUGUUUUCUCAUAAUUCCGAAACUGCAUGCCAAUGGAAGAAACUGACAUUUCUUGCAAGUGAGUUGGCAGGAAUAGUUAAGUAGCAGAAUUUAAAAAAAAAAAAAUGCAUCGAUAUUUCUGAUUUUAAAUGUCAGCGAUGUUCGCUUUUGUCAUCGUUUCUGGAUCAUAAAACAGUUUAACAGUAUAGUAUUCGGUUAAAUUCCCAGGGUUUUAAGGAGCGUGGAAUCACUUAUUCGCCAAUAUAUUUUCCAGGACCACACUGAUCCCGAGAAGUAACGCUUGUCAAGGCUCCAUCUUUCGGUUAAAAGCAUGUAACCACCCAAGCCAGUGUAGGGGGAAUGCAAUGUGGUGGAAGUGAACUAUUUCGGCAGAUGAACUUAUUGAAUUAACGGCGAAUGUCAUUUGAUGUUAAGCGGAUGAACGGAAAACAGACUAUUAACGAACCACUGUUUUCAUCUGCAGUCGUGGCGUGCACGGAUGAAAUAUUUCAGUUAGCGAAAGAGAAAUGUGACUAAAACCCAGGUCAGACAUUCGUGCCUCAUCGCUGGAUGUCUGUUAUGAAAGAGUUACAUUUAUUCGAGCAAGUCGCCCGACCUGGAUGGAUACACACAGCAGCUUCCACUGAAAACAGACAAUUAAUUCUUUCAAACAUAUGAGUGAUGACCAAUUACUAAAGGGCGAUAAUUCAAAAGUUUAUUCAACAAAGUUUGUUACGAGGUGGCGCUGUCAACCGUACAAAAGCACCAAUCAGAUAUUUAAAUGUUGUUGAGGCGUCAGAUUUGAAUGUUUUCCAGUUUAUCAUGAUUUAUUAAAUGAUUCUUGACACACAUUAGCUAGAAAGUAAAUCUCAGAACAAGCCACUGAAUAUGACGAAUAAUACAGGGGUAAAAGUAGUUGUUCGUGUUCGACCAUUAUCUUCAAAAGAAAAUCAGGAUUCAAUUAGGACUGUGGUCGAGCCCAUAAAUGACCAUAUCCUGGUAUUUGAUCCUGCCGAUGACAGAUGUGAAAUAAAUGGUAUGUCAACUUCGAAAUUUGUGCGAGGAGAUAUUACAAGACGACGGAACAAAAACUUAAGUUUUGCAUUUGAUCAUGUGUUUGGUCCAGAGAGUUUGAAUGUUGAAAUAUACGAACACACAAGUAAAGUAAUACUUGAUGGAUUACUUAAUGGUUACAAUUGUUCAGUAUUUGCUUAUGGUGCUACUGGUGCUGGGAAAACAUAUACCAUGCUUGGUACCAAUGACUUUCCUGGAAUCACAUUCCUCACUCUUAUGGACCUUUAUCAGAGAAUAGAGGCAAUUAAAACUGAAAAAAGCUGUGAUGUUGCUGUUUCAUAUUUAGAGAUCUAUAAUGAGCAAAUUAAAGACUUGUUGAAUUCAAAAUCUCAGUUACCAAUCCGAGAGGAUCCCAAAGCUGGUGUUAUAAUACCUGGUCUUACAUUACACAAACCUCAAGAUGAGCAGGAUUUGUUGAAAAUGUUAUAUUACGGGAAUCAGAACCGUUCACAACACCCAACAGAUGCUAAUUCGGAAUCGUCUCGAUCUCAUGCUGUUUUUCAGGUGUUUGUAAAGCAGUCUGAUAGAACAGCUAAUUUAGUAAAAUCAGUCCACAUUGCCAAAAUGUGCUUGGUUGAUCUGGCCGGUUCUGAGCGUGGUACUGCAACAAGUAACAGGGGCCCCAGAAUGCGAGAAGGAGCCAAUAUCAAUCGGUCUUUACUAGCAUUGGGGAAUGUUAUUAAUGCACUGGCUGAUGAAAAGACUAAAGCUUAUAUUCCGUAUCGGGACAGUAAGCUGACACGUUUACUUAAAGACUCUAUUGGUGGCAACUGCAGGACAGUUAUGAUAGCUGCUGUAAGUCCAUCACAUUUAUCAUACGAAGAUACAUACAACACUUUGAAGUAUGCUGACAGAGCAAAACAUAUUCGAGCUAAUUUGAAGAAGAAUAUUAUGAAUGUGAAGUCCAACAUCAGCAAGUAUGGAAAAAUUGUUGAAGAUCUUCGAGACGAGGUUCAGCAACUUAAAACUAAAUUAAAGGAAUACGAAAGUGUAGAUUUGAAAGCAAGCAUACCCAAACUGCAAGAAUGUGAAGAAGAAAAAAGAUUACAAGAAAUCCUUUAUAAUUUAUUCACUGAAAGAAAGUCUAUUCGCAAAGAGAUCCUCAAGCAAGAAAGUGACCGACGUGCCAACCGCUGGAAAAUACACUGCAAACAGCAUCUUUUGACACAAAUGGAAGCUGAUAACCAGGGUGAAACUGAUGAACAUCUGUUAAAAAAAAUUAAGAAAGCUAUUGAUUUAUUCAACAAAAGAAUUAAAAGCAUUGAUACUAAUAUUGCUAAUUUGAAAGAGAAAUUUGUCGAGAAUGAAAAACACUUGGAGCGACUUCAGGGAGAGAUGACACUGAAUGGAGAGAAGAUAACAGCGCUCCUUGAGGAGAAACUACGAUCUCACCAUCUGGAAGUAGAACUGGGAGAUUCUCUCACUUACGUCAGUCACGUAAAGAAAAUAGCCAACUUUCAAGAGAUAGAGAGUAACUCGAAAGACAGGUUGAUAAACAGUAUGCAGCAAACAAUGACAAAGUUGUAUAAAACAGUUCAGCAACAUCAACUGCUUUCCUCAGAUCUUCAAUUCGAUUAUAAUCAAACCAUGAGGCAAAGGUAUGGAGAAAAAGAAGUAGUGUGGGUUGAUGAGACUAUACUAAAAGAAGCUGACAAAAGCCCAGAUUCAAUUUCACUUGAAGGUACUUUAGACCUUCCGAUUCUCAGCCGAGUUGUUUUGUCACCCACCUUGGAUAAAAAUGUUAGACAAAGGAGGGACUCUUUAACUCCUAUUUUGAAAAAGACAAAAUGCUUCCUCAAUUCGAAAUGUAACACUCCUAUGAGUCAAAUUGAUCAAACUCCUAAAAUACAAAGGAAAGAAGAUUACACUUCAAAGAAUUCUACCAUUACAAAUUCUACAAGAAAGCUGAAUAAUUCAACAGUAUCAGCAGUGGACCAGUCUUUAAAACGGCCAAGAUCCGAAGAGAGUAAACCAGCACCAAAGACCUCUGAAAGAUUGGUGCUUUUUAGUAAUUCUGAUGGACUCAAAAGUCCUGGUGUGGAAAAUCAAAGCUGUGUAGUAAGUUCUAGUAUGAAAGAAAAUAACCCAAGAAAGGAUACUGUUAGUGACGACGUGACAGCCCUUAAUAAUACAAUUUCAGAAGAAUCUGAAGUAGAAAACAACACCAAAGAUGUUUCAGAACCUAAGAAAUGGUGCUCAAUCGAUACUAUGAAAAGUCUUUCUGCGACAAUAAUAGCUACUACCCCCAAAAGAAAUCUGCUCAGUAUUGCCAGCAAAACACCAAGUCCUUUAGCACGGCUGUUAUCUCCAGAGAAUCGACCCUCAACUAGAGAGAACAGUCACUUAAACUUAGCUGGUGGAGCCACAAUAACCAAAUCAAAACCAACUUUUCCUUUGAAAAUGUUAAAUAUGAACAAGCCAAAAGGUAUGAUUGUUAGCGCUAUGACAGCGUCAGCAAAGGAAAAUAUCAAGGAUUUGCAUCGCUAUAAAACAUCUUCAAUGUUUGAAAGAAGUACAGUAUCUUCAGGUAAGAAACUCCAAAGGAGUGAUUCCCAGAAAUUGAAAUCUCUACAGAAAUUUCCGAUGCGUUUUGGAUCACAUACCAUUAAACAACCACAGAUUACAUUAUCUGCAAGUAAAAAAUCCUCCUCCUCCUCCUCCUCAAAAUUCACUGGGAAGCAAAGGUCAUUAUUUCGAAGCAAAUCUGUCAGUGAUCUGCGUAAUUGACCAAAAUGUGAACAUCAUAGGACAAAUCCGAUUUGCAACCUUGCUUCCUGGUUACAAUUUUUCAAGCUUUUUACUCAACACAAAUUAAUAUUUUCGUGAUUUGGUGUUUUAUCUCCUCCAAAGUUCUCUACACAUCUCACCAAUUCUUUUUAAAUGAUAAAGACAAUAUUUGUCUUUAGGUAAGCUGAAGAAUUUCACAAAAAUCUCAAUAGAGAUUAGAGAACCAUGAGCAGAGUAUAUCAAAACAAGUAAAGAUUUUAACAUUAUAGUCCCCAAUAUCUUAAAGAUGUCAGAUCAUAGUUUACUCUCUUAGCUCUUGAUCUGUGUGCAUGUGGGUAUGUAUAUAUGUACAUAUGGAGUCAUGGAAUAAAAAACUGUCCUUUCUGUGAAAGGGCUUAUAUCUUGCUCUAAUGGAAAUUUCUGUAACUAAGCAAACCUUCUGUUUUGGAAUACACGCAUACAGACACACAUACACACAUGUGGGUAAUAUAUACAUAUAUGUAUGUAUAUAUGUGUAUGUAUCCUAUUUAUAUUUCAGGACUAUGUUGUGAGGUCAUUAUUGUUUUACUGAAAAUGAUAUAAAAAGAAAUCUCAUGGACCAAAUGUACAUACAUAUGGGUGAUUCCAUGAAAAGGAAUUUUGGAACCCACCAUCUCAAAUUUUCAUCAAAUUUUGACCAGUUCUUUCUAUCAGUAAGAACAGAAAAAGUGCAAAAUUUCAGACCCGAUCUCCCAAAGUUAUGCCAAUUUGAAAUUUGGCUCAAAUCACCCACUUUUGGGCCUGCGGCAGCUGUCUUGAUUUUGAAAGCCACAAUAAAUGAUGUAAUAACUUUCAAUCCACAUGGACUAUUUUUCUAAAAAUUUGUACCUGAAUUUGAAGAGAAAAAAGUGUAUUUCUCAUGGCAAAGUGAUUGUUUUCUUGAAUCAAAAUGAAAACACUUCACCGUUUUUUCUCGACGCUGCUGUGUGCUCAAAGCAAAAUUCUCAGAAGUGCCCAAAUCCUACAGCUUCAAAACAUUUUGCUCAUAAACUGAACAUAAUGUUUUACUUGUGUGUAAAAAAUCUCAAUGGUACUCUCAAGACAUCAAAAGGUUAUUCAUCACAGAAGCAUAAUGUUUGAAUUUUUCUCAAAAGCAAAUGUGUCAGAAAAUUGAUUGCGUUUGACCAGUCAGUUAAAGACAAUCAAUGCAUCCAACAUUGAUGGCAAAUCACAGUCCAAGAGGUAAUAAUGCAACAAAUAUCAUUUUCAGACUUAAUAUUGCUUACAUAUAACAUUUCUGAGUCAUAUUAAUCCUGUUGUGACUGAGGGACUUUGUACCCUCCUGUCCUCACCAAAUUUUCACAGGUUCCAGGAAUGUUUACACCAUGACGAAACUCUGCAUACAAUGUCAUGUUCUUUCCCACACUGACAAAAUCUUUUUUCCUGGGCAUUUUUCAGGAAAAUUCAUCAUCACAAAAAAAAGCUGUAACUACAUCAAUAAUCUCUUCAUUGAGCCCCUGUAGUGGUACAAUAUCAUCAUGCAACAACCUGGCUUUUUGAAUGGUAUUUUUUGACACACAAUUCUUUUGCAGCUUUUCUAACAGACCAAGAAUUUGGAACCAAAGUCAAGAUCCGAAUUUUUUGCCUUUGGCCAGUGCUUUUAAUUUUUUCCUUCAUACACUGCACCAAGUAAUCUAGAUCAUUUGCUUUUGACUGUGUCUCUUUGCCAACGUUCACUAGUUUUUCUUCUUGAAGAUCAGAAUCAUUGACUUUUAGCACACCGACAAGUUUUUUUGCAACUGCAUUCUCAACUUGCUUCAAUUUUCUCUUGCAAAGGGAAGUCUUGGAAUAUGGAGCGACUGAGUGAAUCUUGAUCGGUGACAGAUCAAGAUCAUUUGUGGUGUUGUUUAGAGAUUCCUUGGUGGGGUCUAAUUGGAAAUGUUCCUCAUCAAACACUAAGUUAUCAGGUUCAUCUGUAUCAUGUUUGUUUUCCUCUUCUUGGUCACUUGACAUGACCAAAACUCUACACUUGGGGCAAAACGUUUGUCCAGGAAUGACACAAUGGCCAUUGUUGUAUAAUUCUUUCUGAAGGGACAGACCAAUUUCUCAUAGACUGCCUGAAAGAAAGUAAACAACCAUUUGGCUGCGAUAUUUUUGUUCUAGGAAAGUGAUGAUGCAGAAACUUGGUGACUUUUUCUGAAAAAGUUGAUCGCUUUUCUUGCAUCAGUUACUUGUUAUGACCAGACACAAGCUGCAUACACAGAGUUCAUUCUGUCAAAGAUAUCAAAUUAACUGAAAAAAAAAGAAUGCCAGAUGAAUUGACAGUACACACCUCUGCACCAAGCCAAAUGGUUCACAGCAUGUCUUUUGUUGCAUUGGAUAAUGCUUUAGAAACUAAUACUUGUGAAGGCAAAUUGUUGCAUCAGGGUUGAGCAUGCUGACACCAGUUCUCCAGAACAGAAUUUCUUGUGCUUCAGGUUCCAGUUCCAAAAAGGACUCAAUCCCACAUAUUUUUGAAUAUGUUUUCAAUUAAUAGUCUUUGCCAUGCAAUACACCCACAGUGCACAAUGUUUCUAUUUUGGACCUUCUUAUCAGAGGAAUGAUGUAAAAGAAUUAUUUUGGUUAUCUAUGUGGAAUUUAAAAUAUAAAUAAUAUCAAGGCAACACAUUGAUAGGAGACAGUCACAGAUUAAUAUUUUAAUUGAAAAGGUUAAAGGAAGACCAAUUGAAAUUUGAAUUCAUACUUCGAUCUCUUUCCCUGAUGAUCAAAACACAGAGAAGCUGAAGAAAAGUCAUUAAAAUUACAAAUGUGGCUUCCCUUUUCAUGACAGGGAAAUAUUAUGCCUACCAAGAUGAAUGUUUAUACAUGAUGAACUGACAAUAACACAAUUCAAACCAACACCAGAAUCAGCUGUACUGAUAUGAACAUUGUGAGAACAGAAUUUGAAAAAGAAAACAGGAAGUGACAAUUUCCUUUGCUGUGUUUCCUGUGAUUGUGGUUGAAAAAUAUCAAAUGAAUGGCUCAACUUGGUAGUUUGCAACUUUUGAUGUCUUGAGAAUACCAUUGAGAUUUUUCACACGCAAGUAAAAGAUUAUGUCCAAUAUAUGGGCAAAAAUUUUUAAAGAUGUAAGAUUUGGGCACUUCUGAAAAUUUCGCUUUGAUUACUCAGCAGUGUCAAGGAGAAAUGGUGAAGUGUUUUCAUUUUGAAAACAAGCACUUUACCAUGAGAAAUACACUCUUUUCUCUUCAAAUUCAGUUUCAGCACCCCAAAAAAUGAUCAGGUACAAAUGUUUGUACCUGAUCAUUAGUCCAUGUAAAUUAAAAGUUAUGACAUUAUUUGUUGCAUCAUUGAAAUUCAAGAUGGCAGCCACUAGCCUAAAAAUGGGUGAUUUGAGCCAAAUUUCAAAUCAGCAUAACUUUUAACCUGUUGGGAGUUGGGGUCUGAAAGUUGGCACUUUUUCUGUUCUUACUGAUAGGAACAACUGGUCAUAAUUUGGUGGAAAUCUGAGAUGGUGGGCUUCAUGCCUGUCCCACAUUUAUAUGAAAUUACCCAUAUACCAUACAUAUACAUGUGGCUGUAUGUACAUGUGUACACAUAGAUUGCUGCAACAAUUGAAAACAAAAUGAUAAUACAUUGAGAUUGCUUACUUUCGUUAGUAAAUCCCUCUUUUGUUACUUUUCCUUCAACAUAUUAAAUAGACUUUUUAAACUUUUAAUAUACAGAAUUUCUUAAUUUGAUCUGUUCAGUUCAAUCCACCCGGGAAUUUUAUAUAUGACUACCCUUACACAACACAAUAAAAUACAGAAAGACAAAAUAGCAAAACCUGUCUUGUAUAUAUACAGACAAAUGCACGCGCUAGAAUUGCAUACAUUUUAUAUAAAUUAUGAAUAAAAGCAUGAAGCAUC